GGAAAUCAGGAAUGAUGUUUUUUUUUUGUUUUUUUUUAUGAGCAGGGAUGACGUCUGUGUGAGAGCUUAGUGCAGCCAAGAAAAGUGUAAAUGCUAGAAAACACUAGCUUGAUAAAAUAGUAGGAAUGAGCUGAACGGGGGAAGAGGGCAAGAAGAAGAAGAAGAAGAAGAAGAAGAAGAAGAAGAAGAAGAAGAAGAAGAAGAAGAAGAAGAAGAAGAAGAAGAAGAAGGAUUCGUGCUGUGAAAGGAAGCAAUGGCCUUGUGAAGAACGUCAGGAGCCUUAGUCUGCGCGGUAGUCUGCCUCUCUCUCUCUCACACACACACACACACACACACACACUCUCUCUCUCUCUCUCUCUCUCUCUCUCUCUCUCUCUCUCUCUCUCUCUCUCUCUCUCUCUCUCUCUCUGUGCACGGGAUGGCAGGCGAGGGGAAUGAAGCGAACUGAGGUUUUUGCGCGUAAAUAACAGACCCAGCGGGCGAACAGAGUCUCUUCCCCCUGCUCGAUUAUUUCACUUUCUUUCUGUUUACUUAAGCAUGCGAUUCCGGCGGCGCAAUAAAUCACACACUACUCCCUUGUACACCCUUCACAUCAAUGCAUAGCCUGGGCAACUUCUGUUUUUUUUCCACAUCUUCCCUUGACUGAUGGCAACGGGAGGAGACUCCGACAUCUGUAGAGGAAUACCGCGAUCCGUGCACCAGAGUAACCCGCGCGCUGGCGAGCGCAGCGCCUAUGUGAAGGCGUGCGUGUCCCCUCUGUAUCAGGACAGCGGUUGCCAGUGGUUUUGUCCGAUCGCGAGUUGGAGGUGUGGUAAACUGUCGUCUGCGGCGUGCGUCGGCUCUGUGUCGUUUUGUCUUGCCUUGCUGCUUCAGUUCGUGGACUGGGAUGUGGAGCCCAGCUCCAGCUGUAGCAGUGCUCCCCAGCACGACUCGGGAUCUUAUUUUCUUUUGGUGAACAGAAGUGUGCUGGAGUUCUGCUUGGCCCUGUGGCAUCUGAUCGCACCCAUUUUCACGCUGGUGAGUGCUUUCUUCUGGGCCGGCCUGUACUUGAUCCGCUGCGGAGUGCUGGAGCGGACCAUCGUUUUCCUGCUCGCGCUGUGUCACUUGGGAGAAUUGGCGGCUCAGGCGUUCUUGCAUGGCUCGGACGAGCAGCUGCACUCUUUGACGGCUAGCGUGGUGGUGCUCGGCUGCUUGGCAAGCGGGGCACUCAUUGUGAUGCGACUGGGCCAGGGCAUCUCCGUCAUCGUCUUCAUCAGCAUCAUCAGAGCCGCCUCGCUUAUUUCCCUGCACAGAGUGCGCGCGAGCUGGAGACCCUACUUGGCAUACCUGGUGGGGGUUCUGGGCGUCCUGCUGGCGAGGUAUGCUGACAGGCUGCUUCCGAAUCAACCGAGCCAACUGGAGGGCUGCACCUCCGUGACAGGGUCGAGACAAGACCUUCUCGUGUUUAAAAGGCGCAGGAGAUCCAGCUCCGUCGUAGCAUCAGACAUGGCACAGCACGGCUUCGAGGCCAGCAGCAAGUCCCACAGGAGAACCUCCCUGCCAUGCAUCCGAAAAGACCAGUCCUCAGGCACCAGUGUGAUGGUGGACAUUGCAGUGAUGGGUGAAGCCCAUGGACUGAUCUCAGACCUCCUGGCUGACCCAUCACUGCCUCCAAACACCUGCAGCUCAUUGAGAGCUGUUAGUAAACUGCUCAACACGCAGCUCACCUUUCAGCCGCUGCACCACCGCUUACGCAUCAACCCUCUGCUGAUUUCCACUGAUGGACACCCCUGCACUGACUUUGAGGAGGGUCUUGAGAGGGCAAUCCCUAAGCAGCGUUCUAGACGGAGUUUACCUUCUGGGCCUCUUCGGCGCAUUUCCUCUUCCUGGACGACUACCACAUCUGCCACAGGGCUUCCCACCAUUGAGCCAAGCCUGGUCAGGCGAGACCACAGUUCCACCAUCAAACCCAUUCAUGACAGUCCCUCCAGCAGGCCCAUGUCUGCCUCCCACCUCACCUCAGCCCCCAACUACCUCUACAACAAAGUCAGGCAAGUAGGUUACCAUCCCUUCAGUAAUACACCCAUGGCCUCUCCUUGCCACUCGCCUCCAGUCCUGGGAACCUCAGUGAACAGCCCCACCAAUAAGACCCCCUCCACAGACCUGCCUGAUACUGGGGUCCUUCAGGGCAAUCAUCUCUCAGCAGAGACCUUUCACCGAACCUUAACCCUUAACUCCCAAAGUUCCAAAACCUUCCAGCCACACUGGACUCUCCCGUUCCUCUGUAGCAGCUGUGGGAGGUCGUAUAGCAAAGCGUGGCACGGACAGGAGUCUGCAGACAAAGCUGACAAAACUCAGCAAUCAGAUGAUCCGGCACUGGUGUCUUCUGACUGUGACAGUACCUAUGAAACCAUCCACAGUGACAGCAGUGAAUUUGCACAGAACGAGGCGGAUGGAGAAGCUCGGAAGCAGCCCUACAACAUGCGGGAUCUUUGCAGGACAUUGCAAGCAGAGACCCUUCUCUUGCGUAACUUAAUUCCACCAGAGAACAAACCGAUUCUAGCCCCUGAGCCACUGGUGAUGGAGGGCCUGGAGCCUCUAAUGAGUCAAAUCAACAACUGGAACUUCCCAAUAUUUCACCUGGUGGAGAAAACCAAUGGGAAAUGUGGUCACAUCCUAAGCCAGAUGUCUUACAGGCUAUUUGAAGAUACUGGACUCUUUAAAAUCUUCAACAUCCCUGUGAAGGAAUUCAUGAAUUACUUCCAUGCCUUGGAGAACGGUUACAGGGACAUCCCAUAUCACAACAGGAUCCACGCCACAGACGUCCUCCAUGCCGUCUGGUAUCUUUCUACACAGCCUGUGCCAGGCUUACCUUUACUGGCUCACAACUCUAUAACAGUCAGUGACUCAGAUGGUGUCAGUGGGGUCAGUCAUGGGAAUGUGGAUUAUCUGUUCUCUAACACUUACCCAAACAUGGAGGAUGGCUACGGCUGUCUUUCAGGGCUUAUUCCUGCCUUGGAGCUGAUGGCACUGUAUGUGGCAGCUGCCAUGCAUGACUAUGACCAUCCUGGUAGAACCAACGCCUUCCUGGUGGCCACCAGUGCUCCACAGGCGGUGCUGUACAACGACCGCUCAGUCCUGGAAAAUCACCAUGCUGCCUCUGCCUGGAAUCUGUUCAUGUCCCAGCCUGAGUACAACUUUCUGGCCAGUCUAGACCAUGUGGACUUCAAGCGCUUCCGCUUUUUGGUUAUCGAGGCUAUUCUGGCCACUGACCUUAAAAAGCACUUUGACUUCUUGGCUGAGUUCAACGCCAAGGUGGGGCAUGAAGGCUGCUCAGGUAUCGACUGGUCCAAUGAGAAUGACCGGCUUCUGGUCUGCCAGAUGUGUAUCAAGCUAGCAGAUGUUAACGGGCCACUGAAGCACAAAGAUCUCCAUCUUCAGUGGACAGAAGGCAUCGUGAACGAGUUUUAUGAGCAGGGUGAUGAGGAGGCCAGCCUGGAUUUACCCAUCAGCCCCUUCAUGGACCGCUCAGCCCCGCAGCUAGCCAAGUUGCAGGAGUCUUUCAUCACGCACAUCGUGGGGCCGCUCUGCAGCUCGUACGACGCGGCUGCCCUCAUGCCUGGCCGGUGGGUCGAGCCUCAGCCCAGUGAGGCCAGAGAAGGGUCUGGUGCUGAGGAGACUGAUGAGGAAGAAGAGGAUGAAGAGGAAGACACAACCGAGGAAGAUGCCUCCACCAACUCGGAUCAUUCUCAGAAACUGAUGCCCAACAUGCGACAGAAGGUCUUCUGUCAGAUCUCACAGCACCUUUUGGAGAAUUAUGAAAUGUGGAAGAAGGUCAUUGCUGAGGAGGCCCAAAGCCAGACCAAGCCGAACAAAGCCUCCGACCCCAUCCUGGCCAUUCAUGAAGAGGAGGAGGAGACAAUCAGCAAGGACAAGGAGCAAAAAGAUGCAGGAGACCAGAUACGGCCAUCGGAGAAGGUGACGGAGGACGAGCAGCAAUACGAGGCGUCGGUAGACAACGAACAGACCGAGUAAAGGAAAGCAAUAGGAAACUUAAGAAGUAUCAGGAAAACUGAACACCAAGACACAAGCUGUAGAAAAACAUGGUGAGGGGAAAAGAUACGGAAGUGAGCUGAGGUUCAGGAGACUGAUCUAGACUAGAAUAUUGUCACUAAGCCUUUAUUUCCAAACAAGACUCCUUAUAAAAAGUUGCCAGCACAUCACUAAGACACAACACUGUAGAUUCUUUAGGUGAACACUUUUGUGGAGGAAACAGGGUGGGCUUGAUGCCAAUCCCAUAAGAUCCCUAACACCAACACGAACAAGCUCCACUCUUUCGAUGCUGAAGCUCCGAAACUACUUCCAUGACCGGGGUCUCGAUGAUCUGCACUUUUUUUUUAUUAGUCUAUUCAUUUCAACAAGUAUUCAGUGAAGAAGUCCAUUGUGGAAGCCUUUCUUGAGCUUGUGGAAGUCCACCCUCGAAUCACCCGUAGGGAGGAAAGCAUGCACGUAACAGACCCCACGUCUAACGCUACCUAUCUAAACUGUUUCUCUUUUCCUCUUAAGUUAAACGUGUCUGUCCUUUUCUUUAGAUCGCCACUUGGUUCCUUAUGGAAGCUUCAUUCCUCCACAGCUUCCACACCGGCCCACAUGGCUGUGCAGGUUUUACACUAGUGAAUGUUCAAUUGGGGUUUUUUUGGGCUGCAGUUGGACGUAGUCUGAGACCUAACCUUCCUGUUUCAGACCAUCCAGCAGCACUCACUGUAAAUACUGUGCAGCAUUUUAUCCUUUCCCCAUUUUUAUUCUGGGGGGGAAAAAAAUCUCCUUUGUUUAUUAAGUUAGAAAGAUGUUACAUACUGUACUGAAGCUCCAGCUGUGCUCCUCUUUAUACCUGUGUGUUUUUGUAUGGUGGGAUUCUUUCAGGAUGAAGUAUGCAGUGCUUAAUUUACACCCCCCCCCCCCCCACACACACACACACACACACACACAAAUCAACCUUACAGUCCUACAGUUAGGACACUGCACUCCUUCUGUUUCAGCCCUCGAUGUAUUUGCCCCACGCUUUAUAGACCUGUUGGUCAUUUUAUGCAUCUUGAGUAGCAUCAUAUAUCCAUGUAGGUAUUACGUAUAUACACCCAAAUGCAAAUGUAAACGCACGCUGGUUUGGUUUUCUAAGUUUGUCUCGAUGCUGAUAUGGAUUACUUUUCCCCCAGAAAAGGAAUAUGAUGCACUAUAUUUGCAGUAACCGAUGCGUCCUCCAGGCAGGUUAGUCCUGUGACCCGAUGGAGACGAGCAGUUCGCCCCAAACAGACUGAAACGUGCAGACUGAUCGCCACCACAGUUCAGGGACAGGCCAUGCCAGUUUGUAGAGCUCAACACUAUCACGCUGUUGUUUAGUUGGGGUGCUAAUGCCAUGGCGUAGUGGGGGGGGGGGGGGGAUUUGUCUUAAGGACUUUGGUUUAGUGUAAAAAUCCUAAGCGUAGGUUUGUAGCAGCCUAAUGUACAGCCAGCACUUCAAGCAAUACUGACACGUAACUGUAGACAGAUGGUAGUUUUAUGACUGCUAUCGUAUUAUUAUUAUUAUGAUGAUGUUGAUGAUGAUGAUGAUGAUGAUUAUGAUGAUGAUGAUGAUGAAGUCGGGCAUAAUAUAUAUAAAUAUAUAUAUUUUUUCACAGUGCAGCUGUUUGUGCCAAAUAUUCCUUCAAUAAAAACAACUGCGUUGUCCAAGCCUUUUUUUAUGGGUAAUAAGGUACCUGAGUGGGGGAAAAAUAAAUAAAUAAUACAUUAAGAUCAUACAAACAUAACCGAGGAGAUGACGCUAAAGGUUUAAUAGGAAAGUUAUACAACAGAAAAGAACUAUAAACAGAGAAACGAGAGUUUGAUUAGAUUCAAUUCACUGAAUCUUCACUGAAACUAAUGGAGAAAGUUCUAUCCCUUCUUCUGUUCUCGUCUCGUCUGUGACAGACACUUACUGUGCAGUACAAUAAGUGCAGCAGCUCCUCAGUUAUGUUCGUUACGUCUUUUUUUUUGCAGUAGACAGAGUCCUCAUCUAUAAGCUACACAAUCUGACCAAACGUUUGUUGACACCUGACCAUCGUGGUACGUGAUGUAUAUUCACACAAGUGUGUAGAAGACGAUGAAGCCCUGAUUCUGACUUUUGGGGAUGAAGUGUUACUGGAGUCUCCGUCAACAUCCCAACCUCAGUGUCUGAUCUCACUGAUGCUCUGGAAGCGUCCAGCAUUCAGUGGAAAUCUGGAGCUUGUUGUAACAGGAAAUCAAUGUGUGAUGGUCAGGGGUGCACAUACUUUUGGCCAUUUAGCAUUUUUUGGUCACAGUUCAGGUUGUAAAUAGUCAGGUGUAAGACUGGGAGGGUACGCAGGGGCUCUCAGGCGUUCUGUAUAUAAUAUUUAGGCAAUAUUCUCCCACAUCUACAGGCAUCUCAGCCCAGCUUCACUCUAGAACUUUAGAACUUAUCCCAAGGCAUCAGCAUCUCUCCAUCCUUCUGUUGAUCAGAUCUGAUGUACUUCCGUACACAGCACACGAGGUCACCUAGUGUGUGGAGACUUCUGAGGUGUUAAGACGUCAUGCCCCCACCACAGAGCCACGUCCCCAAGACCAAUCAACUCUGAACAAGGUCGUUUUUAAUCCUACUAUCUAUCCAUUUGCCUUCUUUCUCAGCUCUUAGGUUUGAAUACAGCAGCGUUGUAAAUAUCGAUCUUUGUAUUCUGCCUGUACACACUGUUUUAUACCGCCGGCCAAUUUUCCUCGAAGCUCUCACUGUUUUAUAACGAGAAUUUGGAGGUAAUUUAUGAGACAGAUUUGAACACUAGAAAUGUUGCUGAAACGUCGUCUCCUCUAAACCCUUCCUCGUAUACGUAGGCGUAGCUCGGACUCUGUGCCGUCGUAGCCCUGUCGUGUGUCGGACUGCACAUGAAACCGAUCAGGAACUAGAAUAUAAUGUUCCUCGUAUGUUAACUCAAGGCUCGUGCAUGUGAUUAGAUAGAGACGGUACAGUAGGUAGACAGGGAUGGCACUUUGUUUGUAGUUCCUGCAUGUGCCUUUUUUCGAUAUUGCAGCUCGUCCUUCUAUUUUAUGAUUGUUCCACAAACUCGUUCCUCAUCGCUGUCUGAGGUGUUGUAUCCAAGACGAGGCCGAUCAGGGUAAAUAUAAGAAUUUCAGUAGAGUGGCAUGUUUGUAUGAGAUCAUACGUUAAUGACGUUCUAUCACUGGUGUCAUUGUUUGUCUUCUCUCAGUCUGUCAGUGUGUAUCUUUAACUUAUAUGCAUCUGGUGGUGGUGGUGGUGGUGGUGGUGGUGGUGGUCGUUGUCAUUGUUCACUCUUAUUUCACCAAAAGUAAUACGUAUGAUUCCCACUCUCUACGUGAGACACGUUUUGAUAUGUUUUGGGUACCUCACUGAGCGAAACAAAUAAAAAAUCUUCUCACUAGUUUGUUGCACUUAAUACUUGUAGCAAUACUUAUAUAAAAAAGGGAGCUGUACAAUUCAGCAGUAUUUGUGAAGUAAAAUAUUCAGUUUAUUGAUGUCUUAUUGUUCCAUUUUGUACACAAAACACAAUAUCGUUCAUGGAGGGCACGGAGAAGACAAAAAUAACAAAUGUCUUUUUUUUUUUUUUUUGGAAUAAACAUUAUUUAUUUUUAAUGUUUUCUAAUUUUACUCACUUUCUCCUUGUAGCUCCUCCUCCUAUGGCCAGAAAAUGCUGGAAGUGCCUCUUGGUUUAAAAAAAAAAAAAAAUGUAUUAUAUAAGAAAUAUUUACUGAUCUUAUUAGACUUUGUCACGUUGUUUCUGUUCUGUGAAUACAGUUUAACGCUGUAUUAAAUGUUGUGAUAUUCAG